AUGUGUAAAAAGUUAUAAUCUCUUACUUUAGAUAUUAGGUAAAAUUAAUUACUUUGCUUCAAAUAAAUUAAAAUUUAAUAUAAAAUAUAAAGUAGUUGCUUUUUGGAAUUCCCUGCGUCUUUAAUUUAAUUACAGAAUUCAAUAGCAAGACUAAAGAAAGUACGUUUUCUAGCAUUUUUUUUAAUAAGAUAAAUGGAGGUUGCCGAAUUUAAUUAUUAUAAAUAUAUUUAAACAUUUAAAAAUAAAUUACCUCGUUUGGUAUAAUACCUGCAUGAUUCUUUAGAAAGUAUUGAUUUUCCAAAUUAAAAUGAUAAUGAGGACUGA